AUGAUAACUUGUUCGACUGGAAUCGAUUCAAUCCCAAAUAUGUUAGCUGCUAAUGAUUUCAAUAAUGAUGGUCAAAUGGAUAUUGUCGUGGCUAAUUUUGAAACUAACAACAUAGGCAUUUUACUUGGAUAUAACAAUGGAAGUUUUGCCGAUAUGACAACAUAUUCAACUGGAUUUGAAUCACAUCCAUAUUAUGUUAUUACUGCUGAUCUGAAUAAUGAUAAUCGAAUAGAUAUUAUCUCGGUUAAUUUCGGCAGUAAUACUAUAGGCAUUUUUCUCGAAAAUAGUAGCGGAAGUUUUACCAUGAUGAUUCCAUAUUCAACUGGCAAUUCUUCUACUCCAUAUGCUGCUGUCGUUGGGGAUAUCAAUCAUGAUGGUCGAUUAGAUAUUGUCGUGGCUAAUUACGGAACUAAUACUAUAGGUGUUUUCCUUGGAUAUGGUGAUGGAAACUUUCAAGAUCAAGUGACCUAUUCCACAGGUUAUCAAUCCUUCCCAGCAUUCGUAGUUAUUGGCGAUUUCAACCAGGAUAAUCAAUCUGAUAUUGGUGUUGCUAAUUAUAAUGCUAACGAUGUGGGUAUUUUUCUUGGAUAUGGGAAUGGGUCUUUCUCUAGUGUUGUGUCAUAUUCAACUGGAGAAAACUCCUGUCCACAAUGUGCUGUUGUUGGUGACUUUAACAAUGAUAAAAUCUUAGAUAUUGGUGUUGCUAACUAUUGCAAUAGUGCUGUUGUUGUACUCUUUGGAGUUGGAGACGGUACGUUCCUAUUGGGUACUGAGUAUUCAGCUGGUAUGGGAUCUGUGCCAUGGUCAUUGGCCGCUGCUGAUUUUAACAAUGAUACAAGAUUAGAUAUUGCUGUUAGUGGUACGCUCUUGAAUACUAUAGUUGUACUUCUUGGAUACGAAUAUGAAAUGUUUGCAGAUGUAACAAAAUAUAAUACUGGUGAUGGAUCAAUGCCUCAAUCAGUUACUGUUGCCAAUUUUAAUAAUGAUGGUUGA